UUAUGUAUUUAUUUAUGGGGAAGUUGAUAUGAAGGGUGAGAUCUGUCGCUACUGCAGAAGUGAAAUCGAGAAAGAAGAUGGGUGGAGGAGGACAUGGACAUGGCGGAGGCACAACCUACAAAGGCGUAACAAUUCAUCAACCUAAGCGCUGGCACACUGUCACCGGGAAAGGCUUGUGUGCUGUCAUGUGGUUUUGGGUGAUGUACAGGGCGAAACAAGAUGGUCCUGUAGUAUUGGGUUGGAGGCAUCCUUGGGAGGGUCAUGAUGAUCAUGGAAGCGGUCAUUAAAAUUCUUAGGUUCCUGCUGCAAAAAGGGGAACAUCAGAACUGGAAGGGUCUGUUUCUGUGAAUGUGAAUCAAAUGUCUAUUUUGUUUCAUCAUUUAAUAAAUUGACUAUAAAAUAAGAGAUAAUUUUUACAUGAUUCCAUGAGCAUAGAUUUGUUUGAGCACCUUACUUGUUAACUUGUAUGAAGGUUUAUGGUUGUUGUUUGGACAAUUUAAUUUAUCCAUGUUUCGUGUGAGAGAAAUUUACGAUAAUAUCCUGAAUGAAUGUGUAUCAA